UUGUUGUUGUUGUUGUUGUUGUUGUUUUGCACUACAAAUAAGACAUCUGCAGUGUGCAUAGGAAUUUGUUCAUAUUUUUUUUCAAAUGAUAAUUCGGCCCCUCAACAAUCUGAAGGAUUGUGGACCGGCCCUUUGCUUUAAAAGUUUGAGGACCCCUGAUAUAGAGGAUAGCUUUGACAGUGUGAUGAGUGAAUUAGAACUAGACAUCCUGAGGAGUGAGGUUGAAUGGGCCUUAAGAAGCAUUGCUAAAAACAAGGCAGCAGGAGAUGACGGGAUCCCAGCUGAGCUGUUUAAAAUCUUGGAAGGUGAUGCUGUCAAGGUGAUGCAUGCCAUAUGCCAGCAAAUAUGGAAAACACAAGAUUGGUCAUCAGAUUGGAAAAAAUCAAUUUAUAUCCCCAUACCAAAAAAGGGAAACGCUAAAGAAUGCUCAAACUUCCGUACAGUGGCACUUAUUUCCCAUGCCAGUAAGGUAAUGCUCAAGAUCCUACAAGGCAGACUCCAGCAAUACAUAGAGCGAGAGUUGCCAGAUGUCCAAGCUGGGUUUAGAAAAGGCAGAGGAACCAGAGACCAAAUUGCCAAUAUCCGCUGGAUAAUGGAGGAAGCCAGGGAGUUUCAGAAAAACAUCUGUUUCUGCUUUAUUGACUAUUCUAAAGCCUUCGACUGCGUGGAUCAUAAUAAACUAUUCUUGGUGGUAUGGGGAUAUCAAGUCACCUUGUCUGUCUCCUGAGAAAUCUGUAUAAAGAAUAAGUAGCCACAGUAAGAACAGACCACGGAACAACAGACUGGUUCAAGAUUGGGAAAGGAG